AUGAUGGCGACUGAGCCAACCCUCAAUAAGCCGGAUGCAUCUCUAACUGAACCCACCCUCGCUCAGUCAGCUGUUGCAAGCAACGACACUCAGGAUGCCAGCCAUUCGAGUGCUACACUAAACGGUGUUUCCUCCGACGUCGAGCAUAAGCAGAUCGCAGAAAUUGUCGACGAAUUAGUGAACUCAGCUGAAGUUAGUGUGAGCGGUGGUUCGGAUACGGAAACAUCAAAGGCACGCCUCGGUGACAAAAACCAUGCGCGUACAUCUUCAAGUCUCAAGAAGCCCCAGAGCUUCAAGUCGGUUUCUGUAAAUCGCACUUUUCUGGCCUCUAAAUCUACUACGAAUUCGACCUCCCGUCCCGAUUCUGCUGUCAACUCCGCCUCCACUACGCCCCUACCGACUCCUAGUGCCUCUGCUUCGCGUCUGAAGCUUGUUGCCAAAUCCGGUAGCAGCUUAGGUGGUUCUACUAAGACUCUAAGUAACAACGGCAAACCUGCCGCCGCCCCUGACCCAAAUACUGUCUGGAAUCGCAAUAGACCGGCCGCUCAACCUGAGCAAAAGAAGCUAUCUGAUGAGGAACUCAUGCAUAAAUACGGCAUCCAUAUGGCAGGCCGUUUAGGGCCGGAGGAUACCAAGGGUCAGUCAAACUGGGCGGAUAUCGAUGAUGACGAAGAGUGGGAACCCGAAACCAUUACGUGGACCGACGGAACCAAGAUUACCUUACCAUCAGCCGAUGAAAUCGUACCAAGCCCUGGUACCGUUCACGCUACACUUAGCAAAGAACCAGCUCCCGUGCCGCCCAAGUCAAAAUCGCCUGCGCCGACCCCGAGCGCAACCGAGUCUCCCUCAGUCAGACCUGGCACUUUGGCUACGGGUAAGAGUCUUGUGCUGAAAGGCGCUCCUGAGAAGCCUACUCUCGUUGCAAAACCACCUGCGCCACCAACGCCUGCUAAAUCUCCAUGGGCACGUCUGCCACCUAUAGAGAAAGUUCCUCCCGGGCAACCAGAUUUAUCCAGCCUUACAUCGGUCUCGCGUCCUCCGCCAGCUGUUCUCCAACGUCCCCAACACCACGACCAACAAGGUCCUGCGGAACCAUCAGCGGCUUUUCAGACAAGCAGAACUAGUGCUCAUGAAGCUCCAUUUGGUCGCCGUCGCGGCUCUUCUAAUGUUAGUGGCACGAGUGGUAUCAUGGCACAUAGACUUGGAAAGCCAUACGAUAUUCCGCCGCCCCCCGAGGUAAUUCAGUCUCAAGCUGGCUCCGUUAUUGGGGCCGAGAGCCCUAUUUCCACAACUUUCUCCCCGGUGAAUAGUCAGAUUACGCCGCGGCUCCAACCUAGUCACCCAUACCAACCUCGUCCUUCUCCCGGUCAAACAUAUGCUACACCUCAAUAUAACCCACCUAGUGCGGACGCGCCAUCCAACGAAGACGAAUUUGCCGUUCAAAGGAGAGUGAUGCGUGAGCGUCGUGAGCAAGCCAUUAAGCGUAGAUUAGAACAAGAAGCCCGUGAAGAAGAGGCUCGUAAGGCCCGAAUUGCUGAGAAGCUCAAGGCAAUGGGACCUCCGCCUGAGCGCAAGAGCGCCAAAAAGGAAGGAAAACCCGAAUCUUCUACACAAUCUGCACACGCUGGACGGGAAAGCAUUCCCUCCACCUCAGAGGGAAAGCCUGGAGCGCCUUCCGAAGCUGCAGCUGAUUCUGCUGCCACAAUAAAUAAGAUCAAGUCCAAUUCUGAUCGCCAGGUCAACGGUGAUACCAAACAACCUGCUACUCAAACCGGAAGGCAUUCAACGCAAAAUGUUAAUGCGAAAUCUCAAUCGGCACCAUCGUGGCCCGAAGCUCCACAACAUCCGGAACGUUUUACCUCAUGGGUUGGAAGUUCUCAAAACAGUUCUCGCAAUGUCUGGGGUGCUCCCGGAAACGACCGUUCCCUUGGAAAUGGCACGUUUAAUCCUGACCUAGGAACCUUGCCUGAUGCUCACCCGGCUCCGAUCACCGGAACGUAUUCAUCGCCCGGCACCGAUUGUAACCGGAUACCUCCCAUCGGCCCGCCCCGAGGCCGUCCUUCCAAUAUUCCCGAACAAGAUCUUUCCAGUACAUGGAAUACUUUCACCGCCAAUGUUCAGGAAGAUGAUCGCAGGCGAGCGGCUGAGAUGCAAGACUUCAUACAUAGCCACGAGAAGAACCCAACUAUUCCGAUCAAAGAUACCUGGCGCCCCAGGGGCAAUGUACAGGACACAAAGCGAGGCUCAACUAACCCAUUUACCAACCACAAUGAGGCUCAACCAAGCGGUUCGUUCAACGGUUCCAGACAUAUCGGAAGAGAUGAGCGACUUCGACCCGAGCUGUCCGCGGAAGAGAUUGCCAAACGCAAAGGUCUUAUGCCCUCCGAUUUUGCCGCUCGAGAUGCAGCUAGAGAGGCUGCUGCUAAAGAAGCAAACGGUAUACGGCCCGAGUUUGGUAGGCAGCCCCCUGUCAGCCACAACGGACGAAAUGUGCCUGGGCCCGCAACCCAAUCCAGAAGCAGCUCACGAUUCUUCCCCUCUGCGCGAGACAUGCUCAUACAAGAUAACGAUGCUCAGGAGGAGACGCGUACUAAGUCCCCGACCCCGCCCCCUCCAACCGCAGAUGGCCAUCCGGUAUUUGAUGGCGACGUCACUCGUCCACAUGUAGCCCUACCACCAACUCGUCCGAUAGUCAAGCUACCACCCCCGACCAAUUCUGCAGCCCCUAGUCCUCUUGUCUCAUCCGCUAAGCCUGCACCGAUUUCAUUCGCUGCUGCUGCCGCCGCUCCUAUCCGGGGCAAUGCGCAAGCUACAGUUCCCCGUCCCUCUAGCAGAGGUAAGGGAUAUGCGGGAAUUCCUCAAAAGCCACACGAGAUAGCGUCCCAGGAGAAUUGGCAGGAUAAGAUUAACAAUCUAAUGGGUAAGAAGCCGGUCCAUCAAGCGAAGUCUAUGGCUAUAGACUCUUCGAGCAAGAUCGCGCUGGAGCAUACCCAUUCGUAUGACCCUGCAACUGUUGCGCUACCUGGUCUCUCACACUCGGUGAGCUCUGUAGCUUCUGAUGAUAGUGACUACACUAGCAAAGAGAUGGCCGAGGAAUGUUUUGGUGAGCAAGAGAUGGGCUCGCUCCCGGCGGUCCGACUCCCCAAUGAAGCACCGGAUGCACUAUGGCAAGCUGUCGAACCAAACUUCGAUCCUACACCCGCUAAACUACGAGUUGAUCCAACAGGUGCCGAAGCUUUGAGAUUCCUGCCAGAAUGCCUUUUGUUAACAACCGGUCCACCAGCAACCCGCGUCGAUCUGGGCCUCGAGGAACCCCUCGUCGUUUAUCAGGCCGCGGUGGGCAGCGCGGAGGAAGAGAACAUCCCGACCACGCCGGAGAUCACGCCUCAUCACAUUCCCCCGGCCGUCCAUCCACUCGGAGCGGACGUGGAAGUUAUAGACCCCGAACUGAGAACUGGAGUAGACACACCCCGACUACCCCGGCGGCAUAGUCGUAACUAUCUCUCCAGAGUCAAAUGA